UAAGGAUGAGCGCCAUGUCUGAUCCCCCGCUUGUGAAAUAGAGCGAACGGCAGAGCGAAUAUUUCCCGGGCCGGGGGUCCCGUCGGGGGUUCGGUGUGAAUCAUGGCCGACAGCGCUGGGAUUCAGCAAGGUUCGCCGGCCAUCGGGGCAGCGGGCUUGGUUCCGGCCGCUCCUGGAGCCGGGGGGACGGAGGGCUCCGGCGCCGCUGGAGGAUCCGCACGUAUCGCCGUGAAGAAGGCGCAACUCCGCUCCUCACCUCGGCCAAAGAAACUGGAAAAACUGGGAGUGUAUUCAUCCUGCAAAGCUGAGGGAGCCUGCAAGUGCAAUGGCUGGAAAAGCCAGAACCCCCCUCCCACACCCCCACGAACUGACCAGCAGUCCGGCACAGUCAACCUGCAGGAGCCGUGCCGGAGCUGCUCUCACACCUUGGGCGAUCAUGUGACCCAUCUAGAAAACGUCUCAGAGGAGGAAAUGAACAGGCUUCUGGGUAUCGUCCUGGAUGUGGAGUACCUCUACACGUGUGUGCACAAAGAGGAGGAUGCUGACACGAAACAGGUUUACUUUUCCCUCUUCAAACUGUUGAGGAAAUCCAUCCUGCAGAUGGGUAAACCGAUGUUAGAAGCACAGGAGAGUCCUCCGUUUGAAAAACCCAGCAUCGAGCAGGGGGUGAACAAUUUUGUCCAGUACAAAUUCAGCCACCUGCCAUCAAAGGAACGUCAAACCAUUAUGGAGCUGGCCAAGAUGUUUCUCAACCAGAUCAACUACUGGCAGCUGGAGACGCCCUCCCAGAGACGCCAGAGGGUUCCCAACGAUGAUGCAGCUGGCUACAAAGCCAACUACACCAGAUGGCUUUGCUACUGCAACGUGCCUCAGUUCUGCGAUAGCCUGCCCCGGUACGAGACCACUCAGAUCUUCGGCCGGACGCUGCUGCGUUCGGUGUUCACUGUGAUGAGGAAGCAACUGCUGGAGCAGGCCAGACAGGAAAAGGACAAGCUGCCGCCUGAGAAACGCACACUCAUCCUCACACACUUUCCCAAGUUCUUGUCUAUGCUGGAGGAGGAGGUAUACAGCCACAGUUCUCCGAUCUGGAGCCAAGACUUCUUGGCAGGAGUAUCAGGAGGGCAGAUCCCUAUCCACACAGUUAUCAGCGCGCCCCCUGUGGCCAGGCCGCUGUACUACAGCACCAGUCCACUGUCAGUGGACCCGUCCACCUGUGGGAGCGUCAGUCCUGCCAGGAAAACAGCUUCUGCGCUGGAGCCAAACCCAGUUGGAGAAAAGCGCAAACCGUCAGAGCCUCUCCCCCACGAGGAGAACAAGAGACCCAGGGUGAUGGGUGACAUCCCCAUGGACCUCAUCAAUGAAGUCAUGGCAACCAUCGCCGACCCUGCCGCCAUUCCAGAGACCAGCCUGCUGUCCGCUCACUCUGCACGCGACGAAGCCGCCCGCCUGGAGGAGCGCAGGGGGGUGAUUGAAUUCCACGUGAUCGGUAACUCCCUGAACCAGAAGCCCAACAAGAGGAUCUUGAUGUGGCUCGUCGGCCUCCAGAAUGUGUUCUCUCACCAGCUGCCCCGCAUGCCCAAGGAGUACAUCACACGGCUGGUCUUCGACCCGAAGCACAAGACGCUGUCACUGAUCAAGGAUGGCCGUGUGAUCGGGGGAAUCUGCUUCCGGAUGUUUCCAUCGCAGGGCUUUACAGAGAUCGUCUUUUGCGCUGUCACUUCAAACGAACAGGUCAAGGGUUAUGGGACCCAUUUAAUGAACCACCUGAAGGAAUAUCACAUAAAGCAUGAAAUCCUCAACUUCCUCACUUACGCUGAUGAGUACGCCAUUGGCUACUUCAAGAAGCAGGGUUUUUCAAAGGACAUCAAGGUUCCCAAGGCCAAAUAUGUGGGCUACAUCAAGGACUACGAGGGAGCAACGCUCAUGGGCUGUGAGCUCAAUCCCAGCAUUCCCUACACAGAGUUCUCUGUCAUUAUCAAGAAGCAGAAGGAGAUUAUCAAGAAGCUGAUAGAGAGGAAGCAGGCUCAGAUCAGAAAAGUCUAUCCAGGGCUUUCCUGUUUUAAGGAAGGAGUUCGGCAGAUUCCCAUCGAGAACAUUCCUGGCAUACGUGAAACUGGCUGGAAGCCUGUGGGCAAAGGGAAGGAACUGAAGGACCCAGAUCAACUGUACAGCACUCUGAAGACCAUCCUCCAACAUGUGAAGAGUCACCCGAAUGCCUGGCCUUUCAUGGAGCCAGUGAAGAAAACAGAGGCGCCUGGGUACUACCAAGUCAUUCGCUUCCCCAUGGAUCUGAAGACAAUGAGCGAGCGACUGAAGAGCAGGUACUACACCACGCGCAAGUUGUUCAUGGCCGACAUGCAGCGCAUCUUCACCAACUGUCGCGAAUACAACCCUCCAGAGAGCGAGUACUACAAGUGUGCCAACCUACUGGAGAAAUUCUUCUACACCAAGAUCAAAGAAGCAGGCCUCAUCGAGAAGUAGCUGAGAGGAAGAGGAAGUGUCUCGCCCCCGUAACGAAGGACGUCCUCAGACUAGAAAUGGUGAAGGUUAGGUCACGGGCGAUAUGCGUGGAGACAUUAGGAGUAGGACUACUGAUUCUGGAGCGGAUAGGUCUCAGAAACACAUAUCUUAAUGUAGAAGGAGCGAAGGGAUGUCAGAUGAGCACUCUUUUAAUGUUUGAUGCAUGUUGGCCCAGAUCCUGAAUCAGUAGCUUAGACUGAUAUUUACACUGAAAGACGGGCGGCAAGGGGAAGGCCUCAUGGCAGGCCUGUGGGAAUGAUGCUGACAGGAAGCAAAAGAAGCGUUGUGUCUUCAUAUUUCAUCACAUAUCCCAGAGGUUUGGUGUUCGACGCCAAGCAGCAACACAGAAUGACAGCUGAUUGGAGAUUCACCACACACCUUACUUUGUCUCUCCUCUCCUUGCCUCUCAUGCCCCCCCCCCCCCACCUUUUCGAGUGUCUGCCUCAUCCUCUUAGUUGACUCAGGUAGAGUUUUCAUGAGCAGUAACCAUAGUCAUUACAGUCAUUACACGAGUGUUACCUGUGAGGAGCGGGACUAAGAGUUCAGGUUUUUCCCCGUCUGUUUGUGUGUCCAUAUGAGCGUGCACGGCGUUAAUGAGGUCAGAGUCUGUCUGCGAUGAGUUCAUCCUGCCAAAAGAGGAAAACAUACUUUAAAUUUGUACAGAUUUGAAUUAUUUUAAAGCACUUAUACCCAUUGUAUAUUUUAAAUGUGUAUAUAACAUAUAUUUUCUGUUUCAGAACUAAAAAAAUUAUCCUUUUUUUCCAGUGAGCCACAUAGGGCUGUUUGACUAUCGAAAUGCACUUUUAUUUUUCCACAUAUUAGUUAACAUGAAUAAGAGCGUCUUCUUUUGUUUUACAUAUAAAUUACCGCUGUUGACUAAGGACUAAUUCAAUCACCUAGAGUUUAUUCUUAUUUAUGUGCUGUAAUUUAAAAGAAUUAUGCUAAAGACAAGGUCUUAAUUUAUUCUUUCUUAUUUUUGUCCUGCAGAUGGGAGAUUGAUAACUUUAUACUUUGGAGAUAAAUGAAAAGAUUGUGCAAUACUAUGUAGUUUUGCUGUUUUGUAAAAAGGUGUUUGUACUUUUCAAACUUUAGGGGAAAAAAAUACAUUUUGUAAUGUCUGAAAAAAUUAUUUCAUGAUCUUUGUACAAUUGGUUUUAAUGACAUAGUAUUAGCCUAUUUUAUAGACUGAAUAAAACAGAAGUGAGGUUGA